AUGCUGGACUGUCACAACAUUAUGUUCUUCAAUAGUCCCCCGCAAUUCACACCAUCCGAGUUCUGUUUCGAUCUCCCAUCUGAAGAAAGAGGGAUCGAUAUCCGAGAUCCAACAACAUGGGCAGUAUGGGCAGAAAAUGAGAGAAAACACGAUCGGCCUCCGCCAUUAAACGAAUUCAUACAAGAACUUCUAUCAGAUACGUGGAAAGGGGAGGGAGAUUCACGAAUGAACAACCUGAACAUCUUUGCUACAUUUACUGUCAUCUCUUUCUGUGCGAUGUAUCAGACGCAAAAGGGCAAAUCGACCUAG